CCGUUUUGUGGAGUCAGUCGUUUCAUAUGUUUUCAAGAGCCGCCACCUGUGCCUAGAAUUUACUCUCUUUGUUUGGAAACUCUUUCACUGAAAGAAUUAACCUGUCAUACACUGAGUCACUGCUACGCCCCAUGAAUGGCAAGGAAAGGAGCAAGCAAUAAAUCUAUGGACACCAGCGCAGCCCAGCUGAGUGAUUUACUCUGCUGCUCGGCUGACCUCGAGCAUUACCUUCGUGAAUUCAUUUUGUCUGGCGGCCGUGAGAUAACCUUCCUAUUGAGUGGCAAGACAGGAGUUGGAAAAUCUCACUUGACAAAUGCGCUGAUAGGACAGGAGCUUGCUGAAGAAGGAGAGGAACUCGAUCCACAAACCGAUGACGUGACACCGUACGAUUUUUGUAAGAACAAUGUGAAGAUAACUGUCUUCGAUACUCCCGGAUUGGCGGAUGAUACCGGUAACGACGAAAAGUACCUUGAGCAAAUCAAGAAAAAAAUUACAGCUGUCGAUCUUUUCCUGUUCUGCUUCGAUAUGACCUCCACCAGAUUUCGUGACGACGACGCUAGGACAAUUAAAAAGGUCACAACGACGUUUGGUAGAAGUUUGUGGGAUCAUGCUCUGGUGGUAUUGACCUUUGCGAACAGAGUUCAACCUUCAAAGGACAAAGUCACCGAGAAAGAUUUCUUUCAACAACGAAUGCUUCGUUUUCGCGACAAGAUUUGCGAAGUGCUUGACAAAGAAGGAGUUGACGAGAAAGCCCUAAAUGAUUUACCGUUCGUACCAGCUGGAGAAUGGAUGAAGCCAGCACUCCCAGACAGAGAUAACUGGCUGACAGUGUUUUGGAUUGAGGCAUUCAAACGUAUCAACAGAAAUGCAAAAGCUGCUUUCCUUCUUGCAAACAUCGAUCGCUUUAUUAUCUCUUUUGGUGGACAUUUAUCGGAUGAACCCCGUGGUGAAGGUGAACGAUACGAUGAAUGCUCUGAUGAGGAAACGUUUGUCGUUCUAGGGAGCUUGGAAAAGAGCUCGCCAGUGAUAUCAACGUCCGAAGGAAAAUAUCAUCGAAAAAUACUUGAAAGAAUAAAAACAAAACAAAUGAAAUCUGCGACCAUAAGCAACAGCGAUACUUUGGUGGACGACAAAUAUGGAAGCACGUCGAUUCUUCGAAGAGGAUCGGCGUCAGUUUCGGCUGAAGUUGGAGAACAAUUUCGGGCCCAGAUGCGAAAAAUGAACGUCCAGGGCCCUGGAGAUGAAAAAAGAGCUUACCAUUGCGAGACGGUGUAUUCUCUUCCUCCUUCUUAUGAUGAGGCUGUGCGCAUGGGUAAUCCAGUGCCUCUCCCAAUGGAUGAGUCCUCUUCACAAGAACUGUUUAAAGAAGUGAUACAAGAGGCGUUACACAACUGUGAACCUGGCGUGAACGCUGGAGUGAGAGUUAGCCGAUCCAUUUUUGGAAACAUUUAUGCGAAAUUGUUUAGGAAGACAAUAGAGUUUAUAAAGAAUCUUCUCCGUAGAAAAGAAAACCGAUAAACUCAAAUGUAGAAGGACGAGCGCGUAACAACCUUAGAGGUUACCAUUGAAACAUUAUAAAAGGGUUACUGCGAAUAGGUUUAGCCUGCGUUGCUGGCGGUCUGUGGUUUUAGGGGCAGAGAGAAAAUCGUUGACCGCCAGCAACGCAGGCUAGAAUUAGUUAGGUGAUCGUGUUUCAUUAAUGCUGUUACUGUUUUUGUAAUGACAAUGGCACUCGAAACUUUUCGACUGCUUACUCUGCAAUUAUUGAUACCUUAGCAAAUUUAAAGCAAGGAAGGCAUUUUAACACUAAUUUCGACCAAACAUCAUAGCAGGAAAUUGUCAUUAACCUCUGAUCGGCUGAUUUAUAUUAUAACUAUUAAAUCAAAUAUAAAUCUGCUUGCUGUUGAUUUGGUAGGUAAUAUAAACUACUAUAAUAAAAUUCGUUGUUUUAUGGUA